AAGGCUCUCCUUAGAGACCGGCGGGUAGGCUCUGCGGCAGCCCACCCGGCUUCUCCGAGACGUCUGGUAACUGCGCGAGUCCUACGAGGCUGCGUCCCCGUGCAGCACAGGCCGCGGCUGACCCCUAGGCCCCGAACUACCCAUUGUUGCGCGAGGAGAAGCCGUUGCUGCCGAGAUCCAGGAUCAUGACCGGCCCUCUCGGAGACAGUCGCCGGCAGCUCCGCCCUUCAGUCGCUUCCUGAAAGACUCCCGUGGUGCUGCGGGGAAAGAGAUUCCUGUCUGCUCUGCUGUGCCCUGCUGUCUGAUUGCUUCAGACCAUUUUUGCAACUCUAUAACCCUCAGCCUGAAACACAUGCCUUUAUUUGUCAUUCCCACGAGGCUUUGCAUUUUAACUUUACUACAAGCCCUUGGAUUACCUCGUUCAAUCACAUCUUUAUAAGUGUCCGUUGGCCCAGCCUAGCAGAAAGAUGGAAGUUUAACACAUCACCAACUGUUGCCUUGUCACCUUGAUGACUUCACCAUUGGGUGCCUUUCCAAUUCAGUUCCCACAGCCUUCCAUCAGUGGCCUCUCACAGAUCACCAAGAGCCUAUUUAUCAGCAAUGGCGUGGCUGCUAACAACAAGCUCCUGCUGUCCAGCCAUCAGAUCACCACGGUCAUCAACGUCUCAGUAGAGGUCGCAAACACCUUCCAUGAGGACAUCCAGUAUGUGCAGGUACCUGUGGUUGAUGCACCCAUUGCACGUCUCUGUGAUUUCUUCGACCCCAUCGCUGACCACAUCCAUGCCGUGGAGAUGAAGCAGGGCCGCACACUGCUGCACUGUGCCGCUGGUGUAAGCCGCUCAGCUGCCCUGUGCCUCGCCUACCUCAUGAAGUACCAUGCCAUGACCCUUCUAGAUGCCCACACUUGGACCAAAUCGUGCCGGCCCAUCAUUCGACCCAACAGCGGCUUUUGGGAACAGCUCAUCCAUUAUGAGUUCCAGCUGUUUGGCAAGAAUACAAUGCACAUGAUUAACUCUCCAAUGGGAUUGAUCCCAGACAUCUAUGAGAAGGAAACCCGUUUGAUGAUUCCAUUGUAAGCCUAUCCAAGCAGCUCCUGUAUUGGGGUCAGCAGUACAGCUCUGUCAAUUAACAGUGCACCAAGAUCUAAACUUGAACAUUCUACUUGUAUUGCUACAGGAGCACACCAGUUGGUGCUUUUUAUAAGGGCAAGAAAAGAGAGUUGCCAUAACUUCAUAAGCCACAGAUUUGGUAGUAUAUGUCUUGAACUUCAUAUGGCUGAAGCAGGAAGAUUGCAAAUUGUGUUUGAGGCCAGCCUGGGCUACAUAGUGAGACCCUGUCUCAACAUACAGGCAUGAACACACACACACACACACACACACACACACACACACACACACACACACCAAAUACUGCCUUGUAAUCUGUGUCUUUAGAGAUUAAAUUCAUUCAUUAUAGCAUGGUGAAGGUAACUUUUCUGUGAGCAGUAGGUCACAGCUGCUGUCAAGAGGAUGGGGGAGGCAGGUGGUGGUCAGGCCGAAGAGGCUAGUGCACAGUGCAUAUGGCAGCCUUGGGAUCCUGCAGCUCUCCCUAGAUGACCAACCCAGAGAAGAAUGCCAAAUUCCCACCUCAUUCAUUCAAAGGCAGAGCCUUAAGCAUCCUGGUGCUCUCCAGUGUCUCACAAUAAGUGCCAACCCACUAGAUAAGGGGCCUCCCUUCUACCUCCACCACAGUGGCCCAACUCUGGUCUUCUAGGGCAGACUUACACAGGGCUUGGAUUACAGUGGUGCCCUGGUCAGCGGUAAUCAUCACAUAGGCCAUCCUGUCUACACACAUCCCUUUGUUCAUACGUGUUCUCAGAAGCCUUUGUGUGUGAGCAGAAAUGCUUCAUUUUGCUAGGUCUCUUCCAUGUGCAGUCUAGGACACAUGUCCAGCUUUCUCCAAAAGGCCUUAUGCAGAGUUGCAGACCAGGAGAUCCAGUGUCCCGGGCUGGCUGACUGUUCAGGAGUUGUAGAGACAGAGGUCAGGACAAGUGAGUUGACUCCAGCAGGCCCUGAAAUUCAGGGCUGCUCAGAAUCCCUUGGUGUCAGGAUCCAACUCAAGAAGGCUUUGUUUGGUUAAGACGUGGUCACACGUAGCCUUAUGCUCCUUAUCCCUUUGCCUGUACUGUAGGGAUGCUGGACUCACAGGUGUGUGCCACCAUGCCCAGCCAGGACCAGUGCUCCAGUUUGCUUUUUUGUGGUAUGACACCAAAAGCAGCUUGGGGAAGGAAAGGGUUUAUUUGACUUCGUCUGUCACAGGAAGGUGUCAGAACAGGAACUCAAAGCGGAAAUUGAAGCAGAAUCAAGGAGGAAUGUUGUUUACUGACUUGCUCUCUCCCCAUGACUUGCUCACCCCAAUUUCUUAUAUAAUCCUGGACCACCUGCUCGGGGUAGCACAACCCAGAGCGGGCUACACCCUCUUACGUCAGUUAUUAGUUCAGAAGCCCCACAGAUAUGCUCACCUCGGUGGAGGGUCCCUGUUCCUAGGUGACUAGUUUAUGUCGCAUUGACAAACACUAACCAGUUAGUCUAAUUAGAGCUUUACAGACCAUUUAUGAGGCAAACAACAGCAGACUUCCUUGUUGAAUGGCUUGAUAUGCUGUGCAUCUGGAACUCUGUAGAAACUGCAGACUUUCCUCCCCCUGUGUUAGUCUGGUUCUCGGCAUAGAACUGGUAGGGUGAAAAUAAAAGAAUUGAACUUA